AUGUUAACGUUUUGCUAUUUGUUUUGGCUCGUUGCACAGAGCGCCGCAUUCAGCAACGACUUGCGCACUCUAUCGAGCAGGAACACGACCUCUCCCGACCAACUCCCGGAUGCACUUCUUCCCGCCCUUGCCUUUGAGCGAUCGACGUGGGUCGCAGGGCCGGUGUCCGAAGAUCCAUUCUACCAAGUGGAUUCUGAAUGGGCAGAGGCCGAUUUCGGCACUGUCUUCAGAGUCGAAGACAUGGACCCAACCAUCUACACCAUUCCUGCGACGACAUCGAUUUCCCGAAUCCUUUACCAAAGCAAAAGCUUCCUGGGAAAUAAGACGCCUGCAUCAGGAUACGUUCUUUUCCCGUACAGCCCUCGCAAAGUUGAAGGUGGCAAUGUCCCAGUAGUGCUAUGGGGGCAUGGUACAUCUGGUUUACACCCAGAUAGUGCCCCAUCUCAUCUGAUAGACCUUUGGCAGAAUGCCCAGGGACCCACACCUCUCGUCCAGCAAGGCUAUGUCGUCGUGGCGCCUGAUUAUGCCGGACUUGGCGUGGGCAAAAACGCCGCUGGAGAGCACAUUGUGCACGAAUAUCUAGCAAGCCCUGCACAUGCGAACGAUAUGGAGUACGCUCUACAAGCGGCGCGCUCUGCAUUCCCAUUCCUCGGUCGAAACUUCACAACUAUUGGCCAUUCACAAGGAGGCGGUGCCGUUUGGAGCUUCGCCGAGCGCAUGCAUGCAAAUCCCAUCGAAGGUUACUUGGGAGGGGUUGCACUAGCCCCAGUCACACGCCUCCUGGACUUGCCUGAUGAGAACGACCCAGUCAAAGCAUUGCUAGUUGCAGCGACACUUCGUGGAAUCGCCAACAUUUUUCCAGACUUCGAUCUCUACAGCCUUCUAACCCCUGAAGGAGCACAACGUUUCGAUCUUGAAAACAAAACGCAAGGAAAUGUAGCAGCAACGACCGCAUUGCUCCUUACCAUGGCUGAUUUUCCAAUAUUGAAAGAGGGAUGGGAACAAAAUGAGUACGUGCAGCGCUUCCAAGAAGCCACUGGAGUUGGGGGAAAGCCAAUAAAAGGACCUCUGCUAGUAAUACAGGGAGACAAUGACUCUAACAUAAAUGUGCAAACCACGACUGCUGCUGUGGAGACGACCGGUACUGCGAACCCAACUGAGAGCAUAUCUUAUAUUAUAUAUAGCAAUAUCUCGCACGCCCCGGCCCUUUGGGUUGGCCAACAACGCUUUCUGGAAUUCAUCGCAAACAGAUUUGAUGGCGAAGCAGCCCCUCCGGGCCUGUCCACAGAACAAGUGAGCUCACUUCGGCCCUGGGCUAAAUACCAACCCGCGCAGAACUUCUACUCGGUUCGGGCUACCGAAUUCUAUCAAGUUCCAGCAUGA